CUUCCGCGUAGCCCGAGGCAGCCUCGACUUCCUCAAAGGGAGUGACACCCAAGUGCUGUCCAACUCAGCGAACUACCCCACUUUAUUUCUUUACGGGGCGUUUGAUUUGCUUUUGACUUUUACCCGCGCCAAUGUCCAAGCCUCCCCCCAAGCCGGCCAAGCCAGGUCAAGUCAAGGUGUUCCGAGCCGAGUUCACCUUUGAGCCCAGAACGCCUGAUGAGCUUUACUUUGAAGAAGGAGACAUCCUCUACAUCUCUGACACGAGUGACAGUAACUGGUGGAAAGGAACAUGCCGGGGGAGGACGGGCCUUAUUCCGCGCAACUACAUGACGGAGGAGGCCGAGUCUAUCGACCACCCAAUGCACGAAGCGGCCAAACGAGGAAAUCUUUCUUGGAUGAGGGAAUGUCUGGAGAACAGAGUGGGAAUCAAUGGCCUGGACAAGGCUGGCAACACUGCCCUCUACUGGGGAUGUCACGGGGGACACAAAGAUGUAGUGGAGCUUCUGCUCAGCCAGUCCAGUGUGGAACUCAACCAGCAGAAUAAGCUUGGGGACACUGCUCUGCACGCUGCCGCCUGGAAGGGUUAUUCUGACAUUGUGGCCAUGUUGCUGAACAAGGAUGCGCGGACAGACAUUCGGAAUAAUGAGAACAAGUUGGCCCUGGAGAUGGCCACCAAUGCGCAGUGUGCCUCGUUGCUCAAGAGGAAGCUGGCCAGCACUAUCACCCGCUCGCACAGCAACGCCGAGGAGUAUUUGGACGAUGAGGACUCGGACUGAGGACAAGGAGCGUGCAGAAGUGUGAUCAGCGACUUUAAAAAAAA